AUGGCCGAAGCGAGCAGCGUCAACGCAGGCAGCGGCUGUGAAGAAAAAGGGCCCGAGGAAUUGUCUCAGGAAUCUGCGCGCCCCGGCAGUAUCAUUUCGAGGGUGAAGCUUUUCGACACCAUGGUGGACACUUUCCUCCAGAAGUUGGUUGCUGCCGGGAGCUUCGAGAGGUUCACUGACUCUUACAAGCGCUUCUACGAGUUGCAGCCUGAGAUGACACAGCGCAUCUAUGACAAGUUUGUAACUCAGUUGCAGACUUCUAUCCAGGAGGAAAUCUCUGAAAUCAAAGCUGAGGGAAACCUGGAAGCUGUCCUGAUUGCACUGGACGCGAUUGUGGAAGAAAGCAAAGACCGCAAGGAGCCAGCCUGGCGCCCCAGCGGGGUCCCGGAGAAGGACCUGCGCAGCGCCGUGGCGCCCUACUUGUCGCAGCAGCGGGACGCCCUGCAGCGCCGUGUGCAGAAGCAGGAGGCCGAGAACAGGCAGCUGGCGGACGCCGUCCUGGCCGGGCGCAGGCAGCUGGAGGAGCUGCAGCUGCAGGCCCAGACCCGGCAGCAGGCCUGGCAGGCUCUACACAGAGAACAGAAGGAGCUGCUGGCCGUGCUAAAGGAGCCUGAGUGA